UAUUUAGUUUUAUUGCAGAAAAGGUUCAAAGAGUAGGUGAUGUCAUCAAAGAGCGACAUAACAACAAAUGGGAUCGCUGGACAGAAGGCUGCAAGGCAAACUCUGAUCAUGGACAGUGAAGUUCAGAGAGAUGGAAGAGUUCUCGAUCUCACCGAUGAUGCCUGGAGAGAAGACAGACUGCCAUACGAGGAUGUCACAAUCCCACUGAGUGAACUUCCAGAAUCAGAACAAGACAACGGCGGAUCGACUGAGUCAGUCAAAGAGCAAGAGAUGAAGUGGUCAGAUCUCGCCCUGCAGAGUUUGCAUGAAAACACCCCAAACGUUGGCACUUAGAUGGAAAGAUGCUCUGUCCUCUCCAGCUGAUCCCCACCCAUGUAUUCUGAUGGAAAGAACUCAAGACUCAUUUCGGAUUCAAAUAAUUAUGUGCCACUGUGAUUUGCAUUGUGUUUCGUUAUUUUGUUAUAAAAAUAAAUAAAUGUUUAAAAUGUAAA